CUGACGAGCGCAUGACACCCCAAAUAGUCGACUCGUUAAUUGCCCGUUUAAAUCAUUAAAGAGCACGCCGGGCCAUAUUUAUCAAGUCCAGGAUGGAUUGUCAACUUUCUGGCGACAAACGAGUGUAUAUCCUCCUUCCUAAGCCGAUGCUGAUAGGUGCGGAUACUGACGGGGGAAGUGUCUUCUUGCCAGAGAGAACGUCCAACCCGUAGGCCUUAUCUUAAACGUCGAGCGAGUAGAUCUCUUGCCUCAUGGUGAUGAUCUCAAGAUAUUGUUGUUUUGCUGCAAAGAUAUAUCUCAAGAUUAUUUGAUGGAAUGUGCUUUGAUCAUGUUUUCGUUGUUAUGACUUGAAAUGUAGCAAAUAUUUUCAAUGUGCUUUUUAUAAUUUCUAAAAUUUAGAAUGAUUCUGGAUAUUCUUUAUUAUAUAUGAUUUUUAGAUAGUAGUUUGAACAAUCAAAAAAUACAAGAGACGUGUGUAUUCAAGUAAUUGUUUUUAUAGAACAAAAAGUAUCAACUGUCCUAUGACGAUGAAUCAGUUUCAGAUUUUGCUAUUAUUUUAAAUACAGCAAAACGAAGUGUGGAUCUUUUUAAAAACUGUAUAAAAGACUAAAGACAGUACUAUAUAUAUUUUUUUAAAAAAAAAGGGAAGUUAAAAUGAAUGACAGCUCUGAAGCUAAGAACUGGAGAACAAAUUUUUGCAUCGAGAAUCUUUUGGGUAAAAGUGCCUCAGAUGGCUCUGAAAGUGAUAACUCUAAGGACUCAGUCAAUGCAAGCACUUCCCAGGAAAGUUCGGAAAAUGGAAUCGAUGGCGAAGGUACAUCUGAAGAUAGGCGUAAAAGGCCUCGAACAGCUUUCACGUCUUCACAAAUAAAAGCUUUGGAAGCAGAAUUCGAGAAAAAUAAGUACUUAUCGGUUUCAAAGAGACUUCAGUUGGCAAAAACUUUGAAACUUUCAGAAACACAAAUCAAAAUAUGGUUCCAGAACCGGCGGACAAAGUGGAAACGCAAGUACAGCACCGACCUGGAGGCCCUUGCUCAACAUUAUUACCAAUCUAUGGGACUGUAUGCAGCCAGACCCAUGGUCAUUGGAGACAGACUGUGGCUUUUUAACUACCCGCCUGAAUCCCCAGCCCUCAUGCCGAAUGUACUGACUCAGAACUUGCAGCCGGUGUUGGACUCUCCUCUCCCAGAUGUCCCAGUUGUGCCAAAUGGACUUGCAUCUCCCUUUGAAUGAUCCAAGUGAAAUGUGUGUGCGUGUUUAUA